AUGUAUGUUAAGCGAUUUAAUAGGAUUCGUCACUUAAAAGCUGCAAUCACUGAAAAAUCGUACACACAGGCAGACGACAAGACAGACGACCAGACACACAUACAGACGACCAGACACACCAUCAGACGGCUAGACACACACUUAGACGACCAGACACACAGGCAAACGGCCAGACACACAGACAGACGACCAGACACACAGACAGACGACCAGACACACAAACAGACGGCCAGACACACAGACAGACAACCAGACAGACAGGCAGACGACCAGACAGACGGCCAGACACACAGACAGACGACAAGUCUCACAGACAGACGGUCAGACACACAGACAGACGACCAGACACACACUCAGACGGCCAGACACACACUCAGACGGCCAGACACACAGACAAACGGCCGGACACACAGACAGACGACCAGACACACAAACAGACGGCCAGACACACAGACAGACAACCAGACACACAAUCAGACGGCCAGUCUCACAGACAGACGGCCAGUCUCACAGACAGACGACCAGAUACACAAACAGACGACAAGACACCCAGACAGACGACCAGACUCAAAAAACAGAUGUCCAGACACACAUACAGACGGCCAGACACACAAUCAGACGACCAGUCUCACCGACAGACGACAGACGACCAGACACACAGACAGACGACCAGGCACACAGACAGACGACCAGACACACAAACAGACAACCAGGCACACAGACACACGACCAGACACACAGAUAGACGACAAGACACAUAGACAGACAACCAGGCACACCGAUACACGACUAGACACACAGACAGACGACCAGACACACGGACAGUCGACCAGACACACAUACAUACGACCAGACUCACAGUCAGACGACCAAACACACACACAGACGACCAGACACACAGGCAGACGACCAGACACACAGACAGACGACCAGACAUACAGAAAGACGACCAGACACACGGACAGUUGA